AUGUCCUCUCCUAAACACUCAAAAAGGCUUUCGCUGCCCGUCAUGCCUUCCGGUGCGUUGCGGCUGAAAACGACAUCGAUUCCACCCAAAACACCGCUCGAAGCGCUUCAAGGACAGGAUCCGUCAAAGCCUACGACAAUCAAAGAGCUCGAAUCUAAAGCUUCCCGUGACUCGAGAAGAUUUGAAUGGGAUUUAUUAAUCGUCGGGACAGCUCUCAAAUUAUUACUCUUUCCUGCAUACCGUUCUACCGACUUUGAAGUGCAUAGAAACUGGAUGGCAAUCACUCAUAGCCUGCCGGUAUCGAAGUGGUAUUUCGAGUACCUACUAUCUAUCCCGGCAUCCUUUAUCGACUCAAAAAUGGUCGAAUUGGACAACUUGAACUAUGACUCUUGGUCUGUGAUUGUUUACCAGCGCUCCACCGUCAUAGUGUCGGAACUCGUAAUGGCCUUGGCUUUACGAGC